CCGGAUGACGCCAUCAGGCGGCGCCGCGGCUGCCGGCGCGGGGGGAUGGCGGCGGCUGCGGCGGCCCCGGGGCCGUGGGCGGAGGAGGAGGAGGAGGGAUGGCGGCGGCUGCUCAACGCCGUGACCCGCCUACAGGCCUGCGUCAGGGGUUACCUGCUGCGGAAGCGUUUUCAGAGCCUGCGGAUGGAGUACGAGGAGGUGGUGCGGGAGAUCGAGGGAGACCUGAGCCAGCUCGAGUGGAGGGGAUGGGUCCUGCCACGGCCCGUGUUUGUCCCCGAGAAGGCAACGCAAGGGAAGCGUUCAGGCCCACGGGAGGCUGUACCGAGCGACAAGGCCAGUGCAGAAAAACCACAGGAGGAGCUGGACGCUUCUGAACCACAACGGGACUGGGGCUGCAGCAACGUGAAACCCACAGCCCAGCUGCAAGGCAAGAAAGAACUGAGUGCCGUGGGUGAAGGCGAUCUAGUGAGCACCCCAAAUCUCGGGGCUGAUGCCGAUAAGUGCGCUGAGAAGGGGCACAGGGCCCCAGCAGAGAGCGGGGAUUGGCAGAACAGCAGCAGCGUACCCUCUGCGCGGGACGGAGCUCUCCUGGAGGCAGAGUCCCUUGAAGCCUGCCUGGAAAUUCCACUGGAGGACAUAAAGAAGCUUCCUCGAACUCAGUCUGGUCUCGAGUCCUACAGAAAUCACUUGGUCAUGGAGUCGCUGUGGUUGCAACAAGCUAUUGUCAGCCGUAAAAAUUACUUGAUGCUGAAGCAGAGGCUGGGGAUUCCUGACCCGUAGGAGGGCAUUCCUGAGCACGUGGGGUGCUUGUAUGGGUGUGGAGAAGCAGUGGAGCUGCAGCACCGCAGUUGUGACGUGACCUCACGGACAGCAGCAGCUAAGGGGAACUCUGCCUCUGGGGGUUGACGUUUUCUGCUUCGGAUGAACAUGGCAAGAAAGCCUUUUAUUUCUUUUAAAUGUGAAUAUUGGGUCAAAGUAGGGAUUAAACAUCACUGUGAAGCCAGGGAGGUGGUUGUGUGUCCUGGAGGGAGUCCCAGUGAGGCCUCCUGCCACAAGAACCCUAUUUCUGUUGGCUGAGCUAGAUGGUCCUAGAGGAAAAUCGAGGCUGGAAAGACUGUCACUUACAGAAGGUGCUUUCUGACCAGCUGAUUGCUUGUGGUAGAACUAAACUGCCCGAAGGCAGCAGGUGCUUUGAACCUGCAGGAACAAGCUCUUCUCCGCUGAACUGUGCAUGACCCUGUCGUUAUCUUAAGUUGUGCAUUUGGGAUGGCUCUGCAAUAUCUGGGAUCUCCAAGCACUCAUGGUAGGCUUUGGGCAACACCUAGUUGAAGUAGUAAGUUAGGAGGAGAGUUUUCUAACUUUCCUGUGCAGUUGGUGGGGAGCAAUAGCUCAUCAAACCUGACGUUCAGGAGAUGAGGCUUGGUUCCCAGUUUGCGAGUCCCUGGCCGUGGUAAUAUCUCUGUGUAGCAGAGUCGCCUGGACUGGUGCUUGAGGGAGCAAGUAAGGACUUAACGGGGUCCUUUGUCUGUACGUUGCUCUAGUUCAGGGGCAUUUGAGGUCCCUCAGAAAGGGACUUACCACAUGGUGCUCUGGUUCCCUACUGCGACCCUGAGCCUUCUGUGCAAACACUCUGCGUUCCUGCUGACUGAACAGUCACUCUUGCCAUACGGCAGAUGUAUCUUUCUGCUCCUGAUGAUGAUUACUUGUUUGUGAAUAAAAAGCUUUCCUGAAGCUCA